AUGGAACGUUGGUCUUAUUUAUUGCUUUUACAACUGUUACUUCACAUAAAUAUAAGUUUUGCUGCUCCAGUAGACUCCGCAACGAAAGAUGAAGUGGAAACAACAGCACAAGCUCUUGAUUAUCUAACUCAAUAUGGUUAUAAUACAUGCACAAACACCUCAGCUAUGGCAUGUAGUGUCGGUGUAUCUUCUCUUCUUAAAGAAUUUCAGAAGUUUUAUGGACUUCGACAAACAGGUAUUCUAGAUGUAACCACAAAACAACUGAUGAGUAAACCACGCUGUGGUAAUCCAGAUGUACAACGGAUGUCACAGUCAAAUGCUUAUUUAAAAUGGUCAAAGAAUUCAUUAACAUGGAGUUUACGUGGUAAUCCAAAUGAAUUUUCAUUUGAACAAACAGAAUCAAUUAUGAAAUGGGCUUUUGAACAGUGGACAGAUCAUAUUCCAAUAAAAAUCAAACAAACUUGUUCAACAUGCAACGCCGAUAUUAUAAUCGAUUUCUUGUCCGGAAAUCACGGAGAUGGAUACUCGUUUGAUGGACCAGGAAAAACUUUGGCACAUGCAUUUUUUCCUGAGGAUGGUCGUAUACAUUUUGAUAAGGACGAAAAAUGGAAUGAUGGUUUUACAGAUGAUAUGUCUCUUUAUCUUGUGGCUGUGCAUGAAAUAGGACAUGCUAUUGGAUUUGAUCAUCAGUAUUCACCUCAAUCAAUCAUGUAUCCCACUAGUCAAGCGAUGUCAUCGAACGAUGUUCUUCCAUCUAUAGAUCGUGAUGUUGCUCAGAAUGUGUAUGGUUAUCAAUAUCCUUCAGUAUUAAAAGAAGGUCAACGUUUAAAUAUGACUCAACAAUUGAGAGCACCAGAUGGUAAUUAUUUUUUAGCAAUGCAAUCUGAUGGUAAUCUUGUUUUGUACAAACAUUCUUCAUUCGAUUCUCUACAAGCCAUUUGGGCAUCUGGAACAAAUGGACAUGGUGUUUCACCAUAUUAUGCUAUUCUUCAGUUUGAUGGAAAUUUUGUUGUUUAUGAUGGAAAUCAAGAUAAAAUAUGGGAAACUGGAACAAAAGAAACACAACUAUAUACGUUUCUGCAAAUGCAAGAUGAUGGCAAUCUGGUUCUUUACAAAGGUCAUACCACAAACGCACCUAUAUGGGCAACUGGUACACAUCGGAACUCCGAGGAUACAACCAGUACCACCUAUAUUAUAGCAAAGUUCCAUGAAGUCUUUCCUAACGAUACCAUUGUAGCGUACAAAUAUAAAAGUGGUAGUGCUGAAUGGUUCUAUGGGACAAAAUUGUUAGAUCUGCAGCUAAAAGAUGAUUAUUGGCUGAGAAUUAUUAAGUUUUCGACAUCAGUUGGAGAAAGUAUGACUACAGAUCACGUUCAAUUAAGAGCAACGCCUUACAUUCUCAAAACAAAGGCAGAAACAGAUGGUUCAAAACGACGUGAUAUUCUUCGCGAUGAACUAAAGACUGCGUUUCCAAAUCACUUCGUCAAUGUAUUCAUAUACAAUGAUAAUGAUUGGACUCGCAGUAGUCGCAAUGCAAAAGGCACGGCGUACUAUGAAAAGAAUUAUGGAACUGAAGUAGACAUUGUUUUAACUUAA